GAAACCUGUCGGUGAGAGAUCUCUCAAAUUGGAAAUUUCUCCUUCACAUCUCUCCAUAAAGAACCAUAACCAUUUUCAUUCUCCUCCACUCACAAGAGCUCCUGAACUUCUUCUACCAAUAAAGAUGGAGAUGAACAACAAGAAUCAUGGAGAUGCAUGUUUGUCUCGCUUGUUCAGUGAAUUAAGAUCUGCGAUCUCAGUCUUAGUUGCCGUUAUGAUGUUUCAUAGUGCAGUGGCAUAUGAUCCAUUGGACCCGACAGGCAAUAUAACGAUAAAAUGGGAUGUAAUGUCUUGGACCCCAGACGGUUAUGUGGCGGUGGUGACGAUGAACAACUUCCAAAUGUACCGGCACAUAAUGAGCCCAGGGUGGACAUUGGGUUGGACAUGGGCUAAGAAAGAGGUUAUAUGGUCCAUGGUGGGCGCUCAAACCACAGACCAAGGAGACUGCUCCAAGUUCAAGGGCAACAUCCCGCACUGCUGCCGGAGAAAUCCUAGCGUCGUCGACCUCCUCCCCGGUGUUCCCUACAACCAGCAGAUUGCCAACUGCUGCAAAGGCGGCGUCAUCGGUGCCUAUGGACAGGACCCCUCCGCCUCCGUCUCAGCCUUCCAGGUCAGCGUCGGCCUUGCAGGCACUUCCAACAAAACCGUCAAGCUACCCAAGAACUUCACUUUGCUCGGUCCUGGCCCAGGCUACACUUGCGGUCCCGCCAAGGUGGUCCCCUCGACCACGUUUCUGACACCAGACCGCCGUAGGAAAACCCAAGCGCUCAUGACAUGGAACGUAACAUGCACAUAUUCGCAAUUUCUGGCAUCCAAGAACCCUAGCUGCUGCGUCUCCUUCUCGUCCUUCUACAACGAGACCAUCACUCCAUGCCCAAAAUGCGCUUGUGGCUGCCAGCACAAGAAUUGCAUCGAUAGCGACUCAAAGCUCCUGAGUGUGAGAGGGGUAAACACCCCGAGGAAGGACAAUUCACCACUUCUGCAAUGCACCAAUCAUAUGUGCCCUAUCCGCGUGCACUGGCAUGUGAAGAUCAAUUACAAAGAAUACUGGCGUGUAAAGGUUGCCAUCACAAACUUCAACUAUCGCCUCAACUACACCCAAUGGACCCUUGUAGUCCAGCAUCCGAACUUGAACAAUGUCACCGAGGUCUUCAGCUUCGAUUACAAGCCUCUUCUGCCUUACCAGUCCAUCAAUGAUACCGGGAUGUUCUAUGGAAUGAAGUACUACAAUGAUCUUCUGAUGGAGGCAGGAGCUUUUGGAAAUGUGCAGUCGGAGGUGCUGAUGCAGAAGGAUCAGGAUACGUUCACGCUGAAGAAAGGAUGGGCAUUUCCGAGGAAAGUAUACUUCAACGGGGACGAGUGCAUGCUGCCGUCACCUGAAAAUUACCCUCAUCUUCCUAAUUCUGCUCCUGUAAGUGCCAUAAUACCUUCAUUUGCUGCCUCAGUGAUGUUCCUGAUGCUAACUGUAUUCUGGUAGACACUGUUGAGAUGGAGAGUCUGUUCAAUUUUUUUUGAGGGGGCAAUGUAGAUAUUAAUUGGAUUUAUGGUGUGUGUUUGAGAUUUUGCUAAUAGAAUGGAUAUUAAUAGUAAGCUUCAUGUUUAAGCAGUUCAAGCUGAGCAUUUGUCCUGGAA